AGGUUUACUGUAGUUCAAGGCUAGUUGAUGGGGGUCACAAAUAUAAAGCAUUUUGCUUCUCAAAACAAUAUGCGUUCAAAAGAGUAACACAGUUGCACGUUUGCUUCUCAAAACAAUAUGCGUUCAAAAGAGUAAUACGGUUGCAUGUUCAAAAUCACUUGUUUCACAGUGUUACUUCUUUUAGCCAUAUUUUUUUUUACAUUAUUAGAGCCAUCAGACAUGAAAUAACAUCGCAAAAGACACCUUUACAUUCAUAUUAACAAGUAUAGUAGAGCUUGCAUGUUGAAAAACUGCAUGCACCCCGGACACACGUAAAUAAAUACUUAAAUAGAAAAAUUCAUAAAAAAUAAAUAAAAAUAAAUGAAUAGAAAAAUAAAAAAUAAUUAAUAAAAAUUAAUAAUUAUAAAUAAUUAAAUAAAUAAUUAUAAAUACAGUAAAUAUUUUCCGUGUUUAUAGUAGGAUGUAGACCAUUGUGACUCAUUUGAAAAGUAGCUUGCAGGCUUGUAUUAUAAGCUUAUAUUGGCUUAUAUUAUAUUCCACCGUAUUUGUAUUUUUCUGCAUGCAGCCCAUUUUAUGCUUCAACGGAGCGAAAAUAUGUACACUUUGCUUAAAUAUGCACAUUUUUUCUAUUAAUAAUAGGCCGUAGUCAACCACCAAACAGUGAUCAUUUAUUCAUGAAUUAGUGUUUGAAAAACCGCAAUAGACAGUACACACAAAAUAAGUGCAUGCUUUUUAUUCCAAGUGCAAUAAGUCGGCGCUUGAACGUCUCAUCAAUUGUGCCUGAAGUGCUGCACGUUACGUCUGAUAUAACUAUUUAACGCAGCUGAAUGUUGACCCCCCCGUGUUGGUAUUUAAUAGUACAUACGAGAACGUCAGUGUUUUAACUACCGAUAUUAUUCCUUCAGAUGAACGCUACCAUCUGCAUUUUUAUUAGCCUAACUAUUUAUUAAUGGAGGUUAAUAAGUAGAGCAAGUGUAGGCUUUGCAGUAUUAUUUCUAUCGGAUGUGAAUAAUUUUUUCGAUUGCCCGUCUGAUUAUUUCUCAUCCAAAAUGGCAUAUGAUUAUUAUCUAUAAAUCACAUGACUUCCUGCUUAAAUGAGCUUUUCCUCAAGUUCCUCCAUCUGAGUCCAUAUCUGCAAUCCAGCACAAGAAGAGUCUUCUAUAAGAGACCGGCUCUUUUUUUAAUGACUUUUUAUUAAACUCAAAGGUGCUUUUUUUUUUUUUUUUUUCCUGUUCAGCUUUCCCUCCUUUCUCCACCUUUUCCGUUGCUGAACUCCCCCAAUGUUGCCCUUCUAAUUCUCUUGUCGUCCUCCUCUAUAUAUUUCUGCUGUGUCUCAUAAGAUCAGCUUCCCUCUCUGACUUGGCUCUUCACGAUUCUUCCUCCUCCCUUGAAGUUAAUGAAAUUUAGCACUUUCGUCCAAUGCCUCGCUCCCUAUUCUCAGUCGUUAAUAUUAUUAUUCAGUCAUAAUAAUAACUAGCUCACGCUUCUACUUCAGUUUCAAUCUUUAUUGCAUAAGAUGUAUAAGGAGGGAAAAAACUAUUUUUUUCCCGGUGAUUCUUUCCACAAUUUAACAUUUAAUCAGGCGAUGCAUUUCCUCUUCUAUUUUUACUUACAUAAUAUAUAUAUAUCCAUUCAUUCACGAGGGUGCUGGAGCCUAUCCCAGCUGUCCUGGUACACCCUAGACUAAUAAGCAAGCCAAUAAGCAGGCUAAUACUAGCCUACUACUACUACUACUAUUAGUAGUAGUUAUAAUCAGAAGAAGAAUAAUGAUAAUUAUUAUAAUUAAUAAUAUAAUAAUGAUUAUUAUAUAAUUGAUCACUGUCCACUGUACAGAAUGAUUGUGUGUACUUGUGUACAUUUAAUGCUACGUAUUUCCUAAGGGGGACAAAUUAUGCUCAUUUUUCGACCCUUUGUAUUGAGUUGUGGACUCCUAUAGAGCAGCUACACGCAAUUACAGCAUAGAAAACUUCUAGAUCUUCCAGAAUCUGCACCUAUUCCAGCUGUGUUUUCCUUGUAUUUCCUGCUUCCCGCUAAAGCUGUUUGUUUUUAAUUUAUUCCAUUGGUGACACUCCCAAGGGCUCCCGAGGACUUCUAAUUUUGUGGGUAUAGACGUUGGUAAUAAAUGUGGUGGAAAUGUGGUCAUCACAUGUUUUUUGCAGUGUAGAUUGUGUGUAUUUGUGUACAUUUAAUGGUGGCCUAAAACAAUUUCUCUACUAAAUCUGUCCAAAAGUGGGAAAGUUAUAUCCCGGUUCUUUUUCGUUAUUUUUAUUUUAAUUUUAAUUUUUUUUUAAUGUUUACUACAUUCAUUCAUAUGCUAAAUCCCCCCCCUGUUCUCAGAACCUAGUGACGCCCCUGUAGGCUGGAGCCUAUCCCAGCUGUCUUCAGGCGAGAGGCGGGGUACACCCUGGACUGGUGGCCAGCCAAUCACAGGGCACAUAUAGACAAACAACCAUUCACACUCACAUUCAUACCUAUGGACAAUUUGGAGUCGCUAAUUAACCUAGCAUGUUUUUGGAAUGUGGGAGGAAACCGGAAAUCCAUGCAUGCACGGGGAGAACAUGCAAACACAGAGAUGGAGGGUGAAAUUGAACUCGGGUCUCCUAGCUGUGAGGCCUGCAUGCUAACCACUCAACCGCCGCGCAGCUCAUAAUACAUAUAAUUACUCAACGUUUUUUUAUAUGCAUUGUAUGAUGCAAAGGGAGAGAAUGUAUGUUGAUUUGUGUGCUCCUGUCAUUUUAUUGAGGCCGCAGACGUCUUUGUCGGAGCGCCGUGUAUUCCAAUGGCGUUCAGCCGUGUGAAAUGUUUGGGUUUGACUCUGGUUGGUCUGUUGACUGGCUUGUUGGUUCGUCAAUACGGAAAAUUUCUGCUCUGGAAAAAUGAUCUGUCACAAAGCCACUUAUAGUCUCACACACGCAUACACCCACCCACACACACACACACACACAUAAGAAGGCUGAACACCCCGGUGAGUUCUGACAGCGUGCCAUGCAUCUCACGUUAAUCCAGACAGGGUUGCUGAUGCGCUUCUGCUUUUAUUUAGACAUCCAUUCAAAAAACAGCCACACACAAACACACACAAACACACACAAUACUACAUUUUAAGUACAGUAUAUUCAUGCUGCAAAUAACUGAAGAAGAACUCAGUUUUCAGCUGAUUUUUUUUGCAAGAGUCCAUUCUGGUGGAAGAGUGGGAGUAUCUUUUUUUUUUUUAUAUACCGUGUGUUUCUGUAUGUGCAUCUGUGUCUGUAUUGCUACACCUGUUCCUGCGACCUGGUCACAUACUGUAUGGUAACCAUGGUUACAACUUCACAUCUCACAUCAACUGGCUGGAAAAAGUGUAUUGGUCUUGCUACAUAUACAUAAUUUUUCCAUAGAGCCAUUCAAUAGGCCUCCAGAUUUUUCAAGCGUUAGCAUGCACACAAACGACCUCUGUGAGCGCCGUCACAUGUACCACAACGGUCCGAAGCCUGAGAACUUGAGGUCGCCCAACUUCCAUUUGGUCAUCAUUUAUUUUCCUGUUGUCCAUUUAUUUUGUAAUAUUAUAUUCUUACUUCUUAUUUGCUACUUUUUACUCGGCACUCGCUGCUUUGUCUUUGCAGCUUUUUCUCAUUCGAAAACAAACAAAAAAAAUCUCACCCGGUUUCACCUCUUGUUCUUCUGUUUGCAUAUACUCCCAAAAACAAGUCCAGCUUAAAAGAACCGCUUCUUAAAACUUUGGUUUGUUGGGAGGAUGUGGUACUGCCUAUUCGUUUUGCUAGUUGUCAAACUGUUGCUGAAGCCUGAUGCUUUUCCAACGUGACCUGGUUGUGUGGAAGAGUCAAAAGAGCAAGCUGUCAGUAAGAAUUUAUCAGUGUCCUAACUGUGUGUAAGUAAUCGAACAAAAGCGGUUUUCCUUGUAGCAUUAUAGUAUGUGCAUACAUGGAAUGGAGUGGAAAUGUUUAAUUUUUUAAACACGGGUAGACAUGCAAAAAACAUGCGAUGACCACAUUUCCACCACAUUUAUUAUCAACGUCUAUACCAGGGGUGGGCAAACUGCGGCCCGGGGGCCACAUGUGGCCCGCCAAGCGUUUGAAUCCGGCCCGCCAGUAUUAUUCCUUUAACAUACAAGCUGGCAACAUGACUUGCAUGUCGGUUGUCUUAUUCAGUAAUUUUUUUUUUUUUAAUGUAAAAUUCAAUUUGGCAAAUUGUUGAUGUUUGAUGUUUAAAGUGCUCCUGAAAAAAAGGGAAUUGAGAACAUAUAACUGAUAGUAUGACACUUAAAUAAAAUAAAAUUCAAAUGUGGACUGUUAGAAUUAUAAGCGUAAAAUAGUAUGUGUGAAAUAUAUAUUCUGGCCCCCCCGGACAAUUUUGUUAACUCAACACGGCCCACGAAUCAAAAAGUUUGCCCACCCCUGGUCUAUACCCACAAAAUUAGAAGUCCUCGGGAGCCCUUGGGAGUGUCACCAAGCACAGCGGAGUCGGUGGAAUAAAUUAAAACAGACUGCUUUAGCGGGAAGCAGGAAAUACAAGGAAACACAGCUGGAAUAGGUGCAGAUUCUGGAAUAUCUAGAAGUUUUCUAUGCUGUAAUUGUGUGUAGCUGCUCUAUAGGAGUCCACAAGUCAAUACAAAGGGGUGAAAAUGAGCAUAAUUUGUGUGUAUGGAUAGAAAAACAUCAGAAAUUCGUCAGAAAGCCUAUUUUUAUUUCAUGUUUAUUCUCAUAAACAGAACGCAACACUGAUUUUUUUUUCUGGUAUUCACGUGUUGGGAGAGAUUCGGUCAAAUACGGUCUUCUGGUUAAACAUGGGCAUUGUUUUCUCUAUUUUGAUCAACAAAAAAUAUAUGGAAAGACAGAAUAGUUGAAUAGAUUGCCCUUCAGAAAAAAAAAAUAAAAAGAUUGAGGCUAGAUGCUGGGAUUAAAUCUCACUCUGGCUCGGACCAGAGAGAUUACCAACUCGCUGAAAAAUGCUAGAUUAGGCAUACACACACGUGAUUGCACACACGCAUGCACUUAAACACAGCGCCGCCCCCCCCGCCACACACACACACCCCCCCCCCCCACACACACACCAACAAUGUGGCGUAUUAGGCUUCAUGCUGACCCAAGGCCCAGGGUGAACCAGAUGGCUACUCUUUGUGCCGUUACAUAAGUCAAACGACUAUGUAUUUUCUUGCUAAACUUUCAAAUACUCCAUAGACAUGUCAUCCGUAUGAAUAAAAAUAUUUUUCCACAAGGCAACAGAAUCUACAUAGGUGACACCCAAAAGUUUCCAAAUCAAUGACAAAUGAAAAUGAGUAUUUAAAAGUAGACAAAAGACACGCCGAUCAUCAAGAAGCGGGAGUGCAGUGGCGCAGUGCCAGGGACGACUAAUGAAUUGCCAGAUAAGUAUCCCCCUUUCUCUCUCUCACACACACACACACACACAAAGUACUUCCAGUAUUGGGUGCUGGCCGAGCCAAGGUGACCGCACAAGGUGAUGGGAUGUCGCAAUGCCAACGGGGCUGACUGAUGUCACCGGUCAGAAUGCAUGUGAUGGAGUAACCCUCACGUUUACGUUUUUCUCUUUCCGAAUGACCUUUCCGAAAGCAAUGGUAUACAUGGAAAGGAAUAUUCCAAUCGUGUGUCUACAUGCGGCGCUAUAAUCAACCAGAAUAGUCAAUGGGGCAUGCCCAGUAAAACAUAAACACCAACAUCACGUGAUACCGACUUCCUCGAGUUUUUCUUUUACUUGUUUGAAUAACUCAGUAUUCCCAGUUUUUCCUUCGUUCAGUCUUGAAAUUUAGUUUGAAUCAAAAACAAACUUUCCUUAGCAGUCCAGUACCGAUUUCUCGCCUCCAUUUUUUAAAUCGAAGAACGUCUCGAGCUGCGUUUUACGUCAUAUCUCAGCAUUCGCUGAAAGAACGCAUCCAGGAAAACAGGAAAAGAUAAAGUUCAAUCUUGCUAAUAUUUUAUAAUUAAGCUCGGCACAUGUUUUAUAUAGAUAUGUAUUUUCUUUUUUUUAAUAAAACUGGACUUGUGAAUGGCGUAUAGAAGGGUUUAGAUUCUGUUCCACAGAUGGCGCUAAUGCACACGAAAGCUGCUUGCCAACCGCCGAUAAACAACAGAAGAAGAAAAACACCACAAAGAAAAACGCAGUUUGAGCGGGUACAAGAUACCUCAAUCAGAUUGGGGUUAAGGAAUAUUCCACCCCUGGGAAUCCGAUUAUAUAUUCAUUCGGAUUGGCACUUUUCUUUCGGAAUGAGGUGUAUACAAAGGUUACAUUCUUUCCGUUUGAGCCAAUAACCCGAAUGGAAUUGGAAUAUUUGGGUCCAUGUAUAUGUGGCUAUAUCCUCAGGAAUCACUUUUACUGAUUACUGAUACAGGACAUCCCAAAAUCAGUAACAUACAUCCACAUGUCCCUUGUUGUAGGCUAUAAUCAAAGUAGCUACUAACUGGAUACUCAUUGGUCAUUUAUCUGCAAAGAGAGGACCUUGUCGGUCUUUGACUUGUUUUAUCUUAGCCCGCCAGCCAUAUGUGGCUAUGAUUAGCAGCUGGCGAGAUAACGAUGGCUUCAUAAAACCUUCCUCUCCUCAGUCAUGUAUACCUUACUCCCUUAAGGAUUCGAGAUCUCACACAAUUAAGGAAACUAAUUACCUUCAGCGACUCACCAGCUCCAGAAUGAUCUUUUCCAGCAACACCAGACUAAAUAUGUCUUAUUACAACAAGUGGUCUACCUUGGAGGGACGGCAUAUGGCCGCAGAGUAGGAGUGACAUGAAACAGCAACAGUACAUUCUGGUGUUGCUAGCUCGUAUUACAUAAUGCGUUCUCUUCAUAGCAAAAACAUCUCAGAUGCAUUCCUUCCUAUGAUGCUGUAGAUCGUCAAAACUUGUUCGGUUUGGCAAUGGAACGACGAACAUAUGGACCAAAAUUUGAACGACCGCUGCACUUUUCCCUUCUGGUAACACAAUGAGUAAAAAAUAUUUUAAUUUCAUUCAGCCAUGGCUAAGAUUCAACCUGUGGAAUCCAUCCAAAAAUCCAUUUUCUAGCACUUUUUUUUUUUAGAGAUAGACUUUGCAGUCUGGGACCGUCUGGUUGGGCGACCCGAUGGGAAAGAGUCUACACUUUCAUAAGCAGCCAAGCCUCAUGUUUUGUCAUUUGUGUUGCAGCAGGGGGCAGCGGGAACAGAGAACGGGAAUCCCUUGCACAGAGCCCCGAGAUAAUGCUUCAACUCUGCAAACACGACUCCAUCUCUUGUGUACUGUACUUUAUCUAUUGUACUUCCAAAGCAUUGUUUUCUUGUUAUAACGGUUUGCCGCUACAAGUCCACUUAUGUUAAGUCAUGAUGUAGCAGUCUGGCUUAUGGAUGGAUAUUGUUCUUUUUCAGUUCUAGUGACAUGGCAGGUUAUGUAAAAGACAAAAAGGGUUAGGGUUAGGAGUUAGGGGUUAGGAUAGGGUUAGGUAUAGGGUGAAGGAGGUCUUGAUAGCUGCUAUCAUAAGCGAAUAACUCGAGAACGGUGCGUCCUAGGGUGUUUUUCUCAAGGACGACCCCCCCCAUAAGUGGGCACGGGCUUUCGUUUGGGACCACUUCCGACUUCCUGUCCCCGCGGGAAGGGGGCGCAAUUGGGCAAAAACGUAAAUCGGGAACCGGACGUCGUACAGUGUCGGGGGUGGUCUCUUUGGAAAGCCGGUGGUUGAAUUAGUGUAGAUGGAAGUCGGUUCCGUCUCGAUACGAGCUUCCGUUGGCGUCCUCCAUUGACAUUGCAUGGUGGGAGUUGCAGUACAUAGGAAUGACCACCAAUUGUCCUGCAAUUGGGACACCCCAACUUUUGUAGAGCCUAUCCCAGCUGUCUUCGGGCGAGAGGCGGGGUACACCCUGGACUGGUCGCCAGCCAAUCACAGGGCACAUAUAGACAAACAACCAUUCACACUCACAUUCAUACCUAUGGACAAUUUGGAGUGGCCAAUUAACCUAGCAUGUUUUUGGAAUGAGGGAGGAAACCGGAAUACCCGGAGAAAACUCACGCAUGCACGGGGGAGAACAUGCAAACUCCACACAGAGAUGGCCGAGGGUGGAAUCGAACCCUGGUCUUCCUAGCUGUGAGGUCUACGCGCUAACCACUCGACCUACCUUUUUUGGAUAGGCCCAUAUUUUUGUCUGUUUUCCUUUGUUGUGGGUUGACACCGGUGGAACAAAUGGAAGCUUCCAUAUUGAGAUUGUCAUUCACCUCUCGAUCGUUUUGUAGUAAUGAAUAUUAGAGCUAAAAUUGUUCCAUGCCACCAUUGUAUGAUUCCAUUUCUCAUACAUUCUUGUCAUUGUGUGAAUCGCUGAAUGAGGCAAUAUCUUAAAAGCACAAUGCAUACUUUGAGCUACAAAGGCACUCUAGUCCAUUUAAAUAGGGUUUUGUUUUAUGCGUUAUGUAAUUUUACUUAGGAAAAAACAAUGAACAUUCCAUUCGGCACCGUGCAGCACCGGUAAUACAGGGCUCUUUUUUUUUUUUUCUUAACAAGUUACAUUGCGUUUAUUUAUAUAACGCAAUUAUAAUUCAAUUUUGCAGAUUAUGUGAGGUAUAAAUGAUCUAAAUUCACAUCAAAGAGUUUAUGACGCAUAGUACGCUUCGUCUCAAACCAAUAUAGUCAUAAUGGACAUGGAAGAUUUUGACGGUCUUCAACUUCAAAGCUAAACCGUUUUUAUUCCCCUCCGAGGUACAAGCAGUGAAUAAGACGCUGAAUUUGGCUGUAUUUGAAGUGUGCGGUGUAAUGAUGAUGUCACUCUUUAGAUAUAUUUCUUGUUGUUAUUGAUGCACACACCGCAACUUCAGAUGCAUUUUAUAAUGCAGAUAAAUACAAAAAUAGCAAUACUUUUUUGAGAAUUGAUUUAAAUCUUGAAAUAUGAACAAAACCAGGACGUAUGAUGAAGCAAGUGGUAAAAGUGCAGUCAUACAGAGUGUUGUUGUACAACAAAGGGCUGAGUGUCAGUGAACUGUAAGGACUUUGUUACAGCAAAGGUUACACUAAGGUUAGCUCAUACUACAGCUUGUCUGUGAGUGUUCUCUUGGGGAAACAAGCAUUCAGCAGCUUUUUCCCUUCACUGUUUCACCCUGUCUGACUCGUGACUGCUGUGGGUGUCUGGUUGAGUUCAUUUCUUAUUAAUGUGUACAUAUCAGCACGUGCAUACUUAUUAUGUAGUAUACCGCCAGUGUGGGGGGGUGUCUGGGUCUCUCGUAUUUGCUGUGGAGACCUGAGGCGGUGGAGCAGAAGAGGUUCGUUUUGAAAUAUGGCUGACAUGCGCUAGCAGAUAUGGAGUCAUUUCUCGAUGUAUUUUGAAGUGUUUAUAGCCUUGUUUUGGCGAUCACAUUGUCAAUAGGGUAAUCCAACAGAUACCACUCUUGUGUAUUCAUAUUAUGCUUUCACAUCCGUGGAGAUGGGUAAAUUCCAGACACGACGAAGGCCCUGUUCACACUGGGAUGUUCCUGCCAUUUUUUUUUGGUGGGUUGAAAAAAAAAAAUUUAUGAGAAAAACUCAAAAUGAGCUUUUCAACUCAUUGGAGGUCAUUACUCAAUAUAACAGCCUCAUUCACGGUGUCAAAGAUGGCUAAAAUCAUCACACAGCAACUUAACACUCAGAAGCUACCUAGUAAAUAUACAAGACAAGUGCCAAUGCGACUUGAAAAUAACAACCAACAGCUGUUUUACGUUCUACUCAUAAGUCAUAUCUCCCAGUAAAGCAGUUCAUUGGCCAACGCUGGGACACCAGAGGGAGGGGGUUUCCUUACUGACUCACGAGUCAGAGGAUUAGUAGAAGUUCUGAAGUGAAGGAGAUGUCACGACAUUAGAACAUGGUUAUAAAUUAGCCAAAUACAUCAAAUGCAAUAUUCCGUAUAAGAGCACUAGCACAGGAUGUUUGUUACCUGGAUGCUUCUUUGUCUUCUUAAUUGAGAUGGGUCUUUUUGUAUUUUAUAAUUAGUUUUUUGUAGCAGUCUGUUCCAUGUAGAGCAUGCUAUAUUUUUCCAUUAGACAUUUAUAUUUUUUUAUUAUGUAUUUUAGUCCUAAAUCAAUUUAAGUGGCUAUUUGGGAGCCAAAAUAGUCGUCUCUUUUAAGGGAGCUGAGACAAAAAAAAAAACAUCUUUCUUAAAGGAGCUGAACUUCCCAUCACCGGUGCAUUCACAUUCACCAAUUGGACUCAGUGUUUAGUUUAAAUGAAGCAUGCGAUUGACGGCAAGAUGAAGCUGGAUGAAAGACCUUUCAGCCGUUGUUCAUGCAUGUUUGUACCUAAUUGGCCAUAAAAUUAAUCAAGUAGUGCAAUUUUCCUGAUGUUACAUGUAAAAGAAAAUAGAGCCUAUCCCAGCUGUCUUUGGGUAAGAGGCGGGGUACACCCUGGACUGGUCGCCAGCCAGUCACAGGGCACAUAUAAGACAAACAACCAUUCACACUCACAUUCAUACCGAUGGACUAUUUGGAGUCGCCAAUUAACCUAGCAUGUUUUUGGAAUGUGGGAGGAAACCGGAGUCCUCGGAGAAAACCCACUUGGGGAGAACAUGCCCGAGGGUGGGAUUGAAGUCGGGUCUCCUAGCUGUGAGGUCUGCGUGCUAACCACUCCCCCACCGUGCCGCCUGUCAUUUAUCUUUCUUUCAAUAAAACACAGCAAAAAUGGUUCAUGGCAUGGUGAUUAAUCACGAUUAAUUAAUUUGAUGUAACUAUGAUUAAUCUGACUACAAAUUUUAAUCAUUUUUAUCUAUUUUAAAUGCGGUUUUAUUCCACAUGUAAUACGUCUUACGUCUGUCUUAGGGCGAAAGGCAGGGUAACCCUGGACUGGUGGCCAGCCAAUCACAGGGCACAUAUAGACAAACAACCAUUCACACUCACAUUCAUACCUAUGGACAAUUUGGAGUCGCCAAUUAACCUAGCAUGUUUUUGGAAUGUGGGAGGAAACCGGAGUACCCGGAGAAAAAAACAGAGGGUGGAAUCGAACACUGGUCUCUAUGUCUCCAUAUUGCUAGAUGCCAGGUCUUUGUGUAUGUUUGUGUGUGUGCACAUUGUGUGUAUUUGUGUUAACCUCUGCUUCUUAAGGCUGAACGCCGCUCCGCAUCAGGAUUGCACUUGGCUUUAGGCCGGUUCUCGAGCGUUUGCCCCCAGGCUCUUCUUCCUGAGUGGUCCCCGUGUGCUCUUCAAACUGACACCGCUCAUGCACGCUCACGUUCAAGCACUUGUGCUAGCCCACCUGGGGAUUGACACGUUUGUGUAAAUGCGCCCACAGUGUGUCGACUAUGUCGAUGCACGGUGCGAAUGCAUGAAGUGGACUUGUCAUGCCGCAUGCGCUUAUAUACCCGUGUAAGGUUGAAACAACACGUACGUACAGUCAAGUGUGCACAGUGUGGCCCCAGGCAAUAAGGAUCAAGGCAGUGCUUAAGAAGGCUGAGGUAAAAACGGGAUGGGAGCGGGGGCGGAAAAGAUCACCUCGGGUCAUGGCUUCCAGUGCUCCAAACGUUGCAGAACACGCUGUCAAUAAUCAAGAUAAUAAUGUCAAAAACUCCGCAACACAUUGAAUUCUCCCGACACCGCCAACUUUGUGUUAGCGAUAUUGCUGACUCAUGUUCAUUGAUGGACAGGUGCACUAUGUGAUGCCAAGCUUUGUGUUACUGAUUUGUUUUCUUGGCUUACAUAAGCUCUGUCAAUGCUAGUGUGGACGUGUGUUGGUUGAGGCGUGACCAAUAUAUGUUUGUCUGUGUUUGCAAACAACCGCUGUGCAUCUCUGUCAAUUAAUUCCUGUCAAAGCCACAGCAGCACACUGAAGACACGGACAAAGCAAAUGGGUACUUUCGGAUUUCCCAUUAGUACAUGGUUAAGUGGAAGAGAAAGCAACAGAAGGUGGGCUUUCUAGGAAGUAGCUGCAGUGUUGGGGAAACAACGAAAGACGGAAAAAGCUUUGCACUCACGCACAAACUAUGACGAUGAGGGCUUUGGUAUAAACAUCACAGAUCAAUGGCUGACGGAAUAUUUGAAAUGCAUUUUUCAACAGUGGACGAGUGUUUAGCAUGUAGGCCACACGGUCAGGAGAUCGGGAAGACGUGGGUUCAAAUCUCUGUGUGGACUUUGCAUGUUCAAGUGCGUUUUUCCAAAAACCCGAUUCCAAAUUGUCCAUAGGUAUGAAUGUGAGUGUGAAUGGUUGUUUGUCUAUAUGUGCCCUGUGAUUGGCUGGCCACCAGUCCAGAGUCUACCCCGCCUCUCACCCAAAGACAGCUAGGAUAGGCUCCAGCAUACCUAUGACCCUAGUACGGAUAAGCGGCAUAGAAAGCCGAUGGAUGGACAUUUUGUUAUUCUUCUUCUAUUAUUAUCAAACCGUAUCGUGUGUACCCAUUUUGUGUCUACCAUACCGUUUAGUCACAAUAAAUUGCAAAGGUUCCACCUUAUGAAUUCGCUAGGCCACUAAAUGUCUCAGAAAUGUUUAAUUUUCCGGUUCAAAAAACCCUAAAUCAGAGCGUGUGGAGAAUGAUGACUGUAUCUUUGAUUUAACCGAACAGGAACUAUUUACCUUUUAAUCUGUUUGCUCUUUCUUGAUUUAAAUCAGAAUCAUUUUAUCGGAAGUGUUUGUUUUAUGGCUACGCAGACAAAAAGUCUCUGUGUUGAUAAUUUUGCCAUUGCUCAAAUUUUCUGGCAGCACAAUAACCACGUUUACAUGAGUUUUUCUUUUUCCGAAUGACCUUUCCGAAAGCAAUGGUAUACAUGGAAAGGGAUAUUCCAAUCGCGUGUCUACAUGCGGCGCUAUAAUCAACCAGAAUAGUCAAUGGGGCAUGCCCAGUAAAGCGUAAACACCAACAUCAUGUGAUACCGACUUCCUCGAGUUUUUCUUUCACUUGUUGGAAUAACUCCGUAUUCCCAGUUUUUCGUUCGUCCAGUCUUGGAAUUUAGUUUGAAUCAAAAACAAACUUUCCUUAGCAGUCCAGUACCGAUUUCUCGCCUCCAUUUUUUAAAUCGAAGAACAUCUCGAUCUGUGUGUUACGUCAUAUCUCAGCAUUCGCUGAAAGAACACACCCGGGAACAGGAAAAGAUAAAGUUCAAUCUUGCUAAUAUUUUAUAAUUAAGCUCGGCACAUGUUUUAUAUAGAUAUGUAUUUUCUUUUUUUUUUAUAAAACUGGACUUGUGAAUGGCGUAUAGAAGGGUUUAGAUUGUGUUCCACAGAUGGCGCUAAUGCACACGAAAGCUGCUUGCCAACCACCAAUAAACAACAGAAGAAGAAAAACACCACGAAGAAGAACGCAGUCUGACAACUUUCCGUUUGAGCGGAUCAAGAUACCUUGAUCGGAUUGGGGAAAGGAAUAUUCCACCCCUGGGAAUCCCAUUAUAUAUUCACUCGGAUUGGCACUUUUGUUUCGGAAUGAGGUGUAUACAAAGGUUACAUUCUUUCCGUUUGAGCAAAUAACCCGAAUGGAAUUGGAAUAUUUGGGUCCAUGUAUACGUGGCUAAUGUAGCAUGUGGUCUUUAUGCCUUUAGGUUCUUGGUUUGAAACUCUUGGAACACAAGUGCAGCGUGCAUGUUUAACCCCUGCUUGCACCGUCCAACAGAAUGCAUAUUAGGAUUGGUCAAGCUCGGAGUUCAUUGUGUAACAUGCCAGAAAGUCGCCAUAAAGAUUGUCAACCGUGAGAAACUCAGCGAGUCCGUAUUAAUGAAGGUGGAGCGGGAAAUAGCCAUUCUGAAGCUCAUAGAACACCCGCAUGUUUUAAAGCUACACGAUGUUUAUGAAAAUAAAAAAUACUUGUACCUAGUACUAGAACUUGUGUCCGGUGGGGAACUGUUUGACUACUUGGUGAAGAAAGGCCGAUUAACGCCGAAAGAGGCGAGGAAAUUCUUCAGACAGAUCAUGUCUGCUUUGGAUUUUUGCCACAGUCAUUCCAUAUGCCACCGGGACCUGAAGCCAGAGAACCUGCUGCUUGAUGAAAAGAACAACAUCAGGAUAGCAGAUUUUGGCAUGGCCUCUCUUCAGGUUGGAGACAGUCUCUUGGAAACCAGCUGCGGAUCUCCACAUUAUGCGUGUCCAGAGGUCAUCAGGGGGGAGAAGUAUGAUGGGAGGAAAGCGGACGUGUGGAGCUGUGGGGUCAUUCUUUUCGCCCUGUUGGUGGGUGCUCUGCCGUUUGAUGACGACAACCUGAGGAACCUGCUGGAGAAAGUGAAGUUAGGGGUGUUCCACAUGCCCCACUUCAUCCCUCCAGACUGCCAGAACCUACUUCGGGGCAUGAUAGAAGUGGAUGCCUCCAAAAGGCUAACACUAGAACAGAUCCAGAAGCACACGUGGUACAUAGGGGGUAAGAACGAGCCGGAGCCUGAGCAGCCUGCGCCGAGGAAGGUGACCAUCCGCAGCCUCCCGUCUGCAGAUGACAUCGACCCAGACGUCCUGGACAGCAUGCACUCUCUGGGCUGCUUCAGAGACAAGAACAAGCUGCUGAAAGACCUGCUCUCAGAUGAUGACAACCAAGAAAAGAUGAUCUACUUUCUGUUACUGGACCGUAAGGAGAGGUACCCCAGUCAAGAGGACCAGAACCUUCCCCCUCGCAACGAGAUCGAUCCUCCAAAGAAGCGUGUGGACUCCCCCAUGCUGAACCGACACGGCAAACGGAGACCAGAGAGGAAGUCCAUGGAGGUCCUCAGCGUCACAGAUGGGGGCUCGCCUGUGCCGGCGAGAAGAGCCAUCGACAUGACCCAACAUGGCCAACGUAAGUCAGUGUACAGUAAAAGCUUGGAUAUUCCUGUUGGCAGAAAAAAAUGCAGCAAAGAAGAAAGGUCACGGUCCAUUAGCGGAGCCUCCUCAGGCCUCACCACCAGCCCGCUCAGCAGCCCCCGGCCUGGUAGAAAGUUUGGUGUUCCACCUCAAUACACCGACUUGCCACAGUCUCCCAACACCACCCCCUGUCCUUCCCCUGAGCCAAUUCCGACUCGUGCAGGCCCUCGUAUCUCUACACCCAAUUCACUGGCCCCGAGCGCCGAGGUCCUUCCCGGUUCACUCAACAAAACGCAGACGCUGCCGGCCAAGCCCAAAGUUGCCCCAAAGCCUCUCCAAGCCACAAGAUCCAACCCGCUCCCUGAAGCGUCUUCAGACACGGCAUCCUCGCCCGAGCCCUCAGCUCCAUGCCAGAUAACACCGCACCAACCGUCUACCUCCAUGCCCCCCACGCCGACCUCCCCGCUCUCUCCAAGCUCUCCCAUCCCUGUUUCGUCCACCUUAAAUAGCCCCCAAGUGAGGCGCUCCCAUUUUGCUGCCAACCCCCAACUCUCUGUGCCCUUCAGCCCAGUGGUGCCUCCCUCCCCUAUCCGUCUGCACCACUUUCACCCCGUGACGCCCAUGCCUUCCUCAUACGCUGACCACCCGCCUAAAUCUAUCCCCCUCAUACAGGUUACCCCCCAUCCCUCCCCUAGAGGCAGUCCCCUACCCACCCCGAAGGGCACCCCGGUGCACACACCCAAGGACAGCCCGGCCGGAACUCCCACCCCGACGCCGCCUCCCAGUCCCUCCAUUGGAGGCAUGCCAUGGAGGACGCGCCUCAACUCCAUCAAGAACAGUUUCCUGGGUUCCCCGCGCUUCCACCGCAGGAAACUCCAAGUUCCCACGCAAGAGGAGAUGUCUAGCCUCACUCCAGAGUCUUCCCCAGAACUUGCCAAAAAAUCCUGGUUUGGUAACUUCAUCAACCUGGAAAAAGAGGAGCAGAUCUUUAUUGUCAUCAGGGACAAGCCUCUCAGCUCCAUCAAAGCCGACAUCGUUCAAGCAUUUCUCUCGAUCCCAAGCCUGAGCCACAGCGUCAUUUCACAGACCAGUUUCCGAGCAGAGUAUAAGUCCACAGCCGGCCCGACAGUCUUCCAGAAGCCGGUGAAAUUCCAGGUGGAUAUCACCUACACGGAGAGCACGGCUGCCACCAAGGAGAACGGAAUCUACUCCGUGACCUUCACACUGCUCUCAGGACCCAGCCGACGCUUUAAGCGGGUAGUGGAGACCAUUCAGAGCCAGUUGUUAAGCACACAUGACCAGCCUGGAGUCCAGCAGCUAUCUGGCAGCCCCUUGAGUAACUUGUUUGACGUAAUUAAACAACUCUUUUCAGACGAGAAGAAUGGACAGGUGCCCACGUCCAAGCACUGCCCCCCGCCCCCGCCCUCGCCGUCGCCCUCGCCCGUGCACGUCCGCCGGCAGGAGCAGGAAAACAAUACCAGCAAAUGUCCGCUCGUGUCCAGAGACAGAGUCAAGUUGUCGCUACAAGAGCGUUCUUUAGACUGAGACGCCGUCUGUCGGCUCAAAGUCGCAUUGUAGCUCGCAUCUUCAUCCCCCCCCCCCCCCCCCCCCCAUCCCCACCCGUCAUCUCC